GUCCCUCUAGGCAAUUGACUCAAGAGGGCCUUGUUCCUUUAGUCGAGACUCAAGGUCUAGUCAAGGAUUCUCCGCAUUGUGAAUGAAAGUGAAACAGGUUAGAGAUCAUCAAUCGUUAAUCUGGCUAGUGGCUAGGGGGAAUCAUACCUAAGUGAGUUCCCAACCUGUAAUUAGAUUAACUUUAACUGUAGUUUGCUAGAGUAGUUUUAGUUCUUUCAUCUUAAUCUGAUUUGCUAAAUAAUAAACUGAAGCUGAGUAAUAGUAACUCUAGAGACCCGUGGAUUCGAUAUUUAUCACUUGAGCCACUAUACUGCAGUCCCUUUCAUUGGUUACACUUGGCCAUUGUUAGGUGUUGUGUUUUGGCGUGUCAAGUUUUUGGCGCCGUUGCCAGGGACUUUCUAGAGUAUUAGGAAAGGCAGAAGUUUGUUACUUUAGCGUUUUUCGUUUCUUUUCUUUUCCACCCUUGCUUUUCACUUGGGUGUUUUUUUUUGUUGGUGCAGAUCUGAAUCAUGGAUCCUAAUGGCUUCUCCAAUCAUUGGGGGUAUCCACCACCAUCUGGGUGGUAUUACCCCGAGACUCCGUGGAGCAAUCAAGGCGGAGAAGACUAUGGAUUCGGGUUCCAGUACCAACCCCCUUACUACGGAGAACAACCGGACCCCUGGGCAUAUCAAGAACAACCUCAUUAUCAAGAAGAAUUUCUCCCACAACCAGAAGGGCCAUCGGCGCUGGAGUUACUCAUGGAGCAGUUUGCUCGAGACUGUGAGAGAACAUGCUCCAGGAUGGAUCAGUGUGUCCAGGCCUAUCGUGAAAUAGAUGAGAUCCUCCUGAGCCUUAAGAAGAGCGUCGAUGAUCUUGAGCGAUCUUGGGCGCAACCUGCUCCAGAUCACCCUUCUGCUACCAUACAAGAAGAGGAGGAGGAAGAAGAAGGCUACAAGGGCAUUGUGGAACACGCUGAAGUUGUCACAGAGAGCUCCCAUGAUGAUCAUGAUCAGGCGUGUCAUGUCGUAGCCGACCACACCUUCCCACACCCCAAACUGAGCUUUGAAGAGGCGGGCAUGAGUGAGGAGAUGCAAGAAGAUCUCAUGAAAGAAAUUGCUUGGCAACUGGCUCUCCAAUCCGUGCUAGAAGAAGAAGAGCAAGAAAGGGUGCAGAAAGAAGUUGUGGAGGAUGACGAAAGUGAAGCUGGAGGAGUUCUUGAUCAUUUCCCAGGGGUGAUACCACAUGAAGAAGGAAGGGAGGUUGAAGAAGCAAUUGGUGUCCAGGCUGAGGACGAAGUUGAGGUGGAAGAGGCUUGCACCGGCCAUGAGUUACAUGUGAUAUCUCCACCAAACUUCGAGGAACUGCUUAGGAAGGACCCAUUUGCAGUGUCUCUUUGCCAGACCAAGGCCACAUCGACAUCGGUCCCUCUUGGUGGACGCGAUGGUGGCCAAUCAAUGCUGUCAUAUCUGGUUUGGGGCAAUGAGACGAGAGAAGAGAAGGAGAGGUCUCGAGGGUGGAGACUUCAUCUGCAUCAAGUACACGAGCUUCCAUCACCUGUCAUACCACAUGCUCAUGACUUGAGACUCCACCUCAUCGACGAGAACCUCAACUUCAAGGAGGUUCUAGCAUGGACCGAAACUUAGGAGCCAUCGUCCGGCUCACGACGUGAAAGAAGCGUUUGUUGGGAGGCAACCCAACCAGUCGGUUUGCAUCUCUUUCUCUAUUUCUCCUCGGUUGAGUCAGUUUUGUUAUUUGAUUUUAGAGUCAAUAACUCAACCUUUGUGAGAUUUUGUGUGGUGUUUGUGUUCUGAUUACUCUCUCUUUCUGGAAUGCACCGCCUGACCCGUUCAUCAUCAUUCACCGUUGAUAUGGUAACUUCGUUCUACCCUCCUUAUCUUUCCUCCAUUGAGGACAAUGUCAUGCUUAAGUGUGGGGGGAUGUUCGAUUAUGUAUGCGUGUGAAUGUUUGACUGUUUGUGUGCUUGGAGCCUAGUCCACUGUCCAAAUUUCGAUUUGAGGGCUCCAAGUACGUGUUCCAUGCAAUUGCCUGCUCAGUAUGCUUUGAAUUGACAGUCUUUAUAGUAAUAUGCAACCUAGGGAGGUCGUGUAGCACUAUGGAGGAUGUUGAUGCAUUUAAGAAGUCUCAUUUCUUCUUCAUAUAAAGUUGGUUGAUUGAGUGAAUUAGUGAUCUUAGGACCCUUGAAUUGUGUGGUGUUGUGGAUUCUCUGCCUGUCAUGGACUCUUGUAUCAUGUUUUGAAAAUAACAGGUGCUCGAAAAUGUGCUUCAAAAUAAACGUCUCCCGUGCGA